AUGCCAUCAUCUGAAGAUGAUCCUACAAGGUCCACCAAAUUGUCGGGCUCUGUUGCUGCGCUAUCUCCGUGGGUGACAUCCGCCUUGCAUCAAACCCCAGGCCCUGACUUUAAGAAGAUGGCCAAAGACGAUGUCCAAGACAGCUUCUGGACUAUCGAGACCAACACCUUUCUAGACCACGUCCUUGGCUGGAAGACCGCUGACAACGACGUCCGCAAUGUCCUCCACACGCUGAACUUGUCUUCAGCCCAGUGGCUUUCCCUACCGAAGGUUCCGAAGCCAGAGAAGGAGCUCUACUCUUCGUUUGCAGAUACUGCCAACGCAAUCGUCGCUGCCUGCAGCGCCACUAAUCCCAUAGUUGAACUCGCGCUUGACAUCUCCUGGCAAGCGAGUCCUAAUAAAAUCCCGAAGUCUCUUGACCGGUGGUCGCCGCAGAUUCGCCCUGACUUGCUUGCCGUUGUCGGACUAAAGGACGCCCCAGAUGAGUUUAAGAGACUCGACACACAAAUUCAAGAUCUUGAGCAUCAACUGGGCUCUGGACCGGAGGAAGAAGCUGAAAAGGAGGAGUUGAAGCUUCAGCGAAAGGAGUUGCUGAAGAAAUGCGAGUUAUGGUGGUUGCGUGUUCACGUUCCCGUUGAGAUGAAACCGAAGGACAGUGAAGAGGAGAUGUUGGAAGGGAUACUCCAGCUCUGCAGCUACAUGCGGAUGGUGCUCGCCGAGCAACUGGACCGGCGCUUUGCUAUAGGACUUCUGUUGUGCAAGUCGAAGCUCACAGUAUGGAUGUGCGACCGCUCUGGUUUGGUCGGAACACGCACCGCGAUCGAUAUCCACGCCGAGCCUAAGAAGUUCAUCAAGGUCAUCAUAUCUCUGUCUCGUCUUAAUCCCUCUAGGCUCGGUUGGGACACGACGAUGCGUAUCUAUCGCAUGGAGACGGCUACAUAUCACUUCUCCACAGACAAGGACGUGACCGUCGACUACUAUGGUGCGAGCCCGCAUGAGACAACUUGGGCUAUACAAGGUCCGAGAUCUGACGGAAACGAGGGCGAAGACAGGUACUUGACAGUCAAAGCUCUCAGUACCGUGCGAGCGCAGGUGAUGGAAGGUCGAGCGACGAUUGUGUGGCUUGUUGUGAAUGAGAGAACCAUGGAGCGGUUUGUGCUCAAACAGUCGUGGCGUCCGGAGAUGUCGCAGACUAAAGCAACGUUCCAUAAAUCCCUGUCCAAGCCGCCCUCUUUUCACAUCUGCGAUAUAGUCAACUCAGUCGACAUCAGAGUCAUGGAUGACGAGCAGGGAGGCAUGGUGGUCGACGACACGGCCAAUCACAUUCGUCGCGGCGUGGAGGUCCGAGCCUCUUCACUCAAGAGAAAUAAGUUGCCUAAAGAUCCCGGAGUGUCCGAAUUACGCUCGACCAAGCGCAAGAAGCCGGAGCUCGAUGAGUCCCAGCCCCAUGAAAGCUUUCUUUACGUUACAUCGACUUCUUCCGAGGUCUUGGAAUUCUCUGUCAUUGCCGACGGACGAUCGGCGACAAAUCGCGUCUUGACGCGCACUUUGAUGCGGACGUACGGGUGGCCCAUCAAGUUCUUCAAAGACGUUCCCGAGCUUGUCAAUACCCUAAUCGAUGCUGUGAAAGGACACCGCGAUUACUGGUUUAGUCUUAUGCUUCAUCAAGACGUCAGCACCGGCAACGUGCUUAUCUGUCCCAGGUCUGAUGUCAACGUCGAAGAUACUUGUGGUAAACUCAUCGACCUUGAUUGUUCGAAAACAUCGGACACACGCGUAGAAUACCCAGCACCAGGGCCUCCCGACAAGGACACGGCUGGAUUCCUUCAACUCCGCUGGCAGGUGUCCGUAACCGACGAGGCCGCUGGCAUCCUCAUCGCUCGUUACCCAUCAGAUUUCUUGAUAUAUAUAAACGUAGCUCUCAGCAUGAAUCCGGACCUCAGAACUGCUAACAAAAAGCUGACAGCAGAAGAUCUCUUUUUGGAAACACCUUUCGAUCGCCCUCCAGCUUGGGAUGGGCAUCUUCUGCAUAUAAGACAUAAGACAGGCACCAGGGCUUUCAUGAGCGCCGAGAUUAUAUAUCUUUCAAAUGUGCGUUACGAAGGUACCGAGGCGCUGAGGUCGACGGGCCGGGUUGUCCACAGCGUCAUUCACGAUCUCGAGUCUUUCUUCUGGGUACUUCUUUAUCUCUGCCUCACGCGUGAUGGUCCUGGCGGAGGACGUCGAAUUGAGCUCUCCAUCAAUGAACCUUUGACCGAAGAGACCAAGCCGAUAUAUGCCGCUGUUUACUGUCUAUUCGACUCCGAGGACGAUCACACUCUAUGGAACAACAAACGGCUGCUCUUCAACAACCCUGACGACCUCGACGAAAUCAUCCUCAAGUGCAUACACCCGUACUUUGAUUCUUUGAAGCCUCUUAUCUCCAGAUGGUGGAAGACCCUUCGCUUUGGAUACAUGACCUACAAUGACUAUGUGGCGGGAAGCCUACAUGACCGCGUUCUCACGUCCCUCGAGGACGAGCUCGGGAAGAUACAGUCGAAGUCUAACUUGCAUUCAAAUUUGGAUGCUGACGAGGUUGCGCGCAUGGAGAACAAGACAGAUAAGGAGAUUCAGCGAAGGAAGGACGACCUCGAAUUCAUUCAACUCCGGGUUCGCCAACUUGACGAGAGCUUAAAGAGACAAUCGCCGCAUGCGGGGCAGCAGAGACUGCCUGCGACUCCGCUAAAGGAUAACUGAGGGAACCGACAGGGCUCGGACCAAGCACCGGUCUGGGAUUCGACGUCUCCGAAGGGGAGGUCGCAACAUCCAGAGACGUACACCGGUACUGUGCCCGGCUCUCCACCCACUCCUCCGCCUCAGUUGAAGAAGGUGCGAACGGGCAACACUAGCGCUCCAUCGUCAGGACGUCAUUAAGGCAGGUUUGUAAGUAUUUACGCCCAAUGAGAACACCCUCAAAUGUGAAUGAAUGUGGCCGAGUCCCUGCGAAUAUGAGUCAGCGGGUGGCUACUGCAACGCAUGAAAACAGAUAGGGUCGCAUAAGUAGCAUCGAACCGAGACACCUGACCAUCGAUGCGCCAGUUAAUAUGCCAAGUCUGUUCGAGGCGGAGGGGUCAGAGCAGAUGAUGCUCUCCUUGCCCACUGUCCUAUUGAUGAGGUUCGGCUGUGCAGCUCAUCGUUAGCUUCAUAUAACGUGAAUUCGACAGUCCUAAUCUCACAUCCUUGAACUGC